GUUGUGCUGUGGCAGUCGAGUGACAAAAAAAGGGGAGGAAAAAAUGGUUUUAAAAGGCUCAACUGAAUUGAAGACUUGAAACUGUUGGGAUGGCAGGACUCAAGGCGCUAUGGGUGGCGGUGCUACUGCUGGUGGUGCAUGAGGUGUCCUCACAGCUAAAUGUGUGUGGUCGGGCUCCACUCAACACCAGGAUCGUUGGAGGAGUGGAUGCUGCUCCGGGCACCUGGCCCUGGCAGGCCAGUUUGCACACGCUUGGCCCCUUCUGUGGGGGGUCUCUGAUCAACAAUCUGUGGGUGCUGACCGCUGCCCACUGCUUCACCACAACUGACACGACAGGUUUCACGGUCUUCCUGGGCCGUCAGGACCAGGCGGGCAGCAACCCCAACGAGCAGUCCCGGACCAUCUCCAGGAUUGUCUGUCACCCCGAUUACAGUGGGUCCACCAACGACAACGACAUCUGCCUGCUGGAGCUCUCUUCGGCUGUCACCUUCACAGACUACAUCGCGCCCGUCUGCCUGGCCGCGGACGGAAGCACUUUCAACAGCGGCAUCAUCAACUGGGUCACUGGCUGGGGCACCACCUCGUUUGGAGGUUCAGCCGCGAACAUCCUCCAGGAAGUGGACCUGCCCAUAGUGGGCAACAGGGAGUGUAACUGCAGCUAUGGCCAAAUCACCAACAACAUGAUCUGUGCUGGAUUGUCAGCUGGAGGGAAGGACUCGUGUCAGGGUGACUCUGGUGGUCCUCUUGUAGGCAAACAGGGUGUGCAGUGGGUCCAGUCGGGAGUGGUGAGCUUUGGUCGAGGAUGUGCCUUGCCCAACUUCCCUGGAGUAUACGCCAGAGUAUCCGAAUAUCAGUCUUGGAUCAACGGUAUUAUCACCACCAACCAGCCCGGCUUCGUUGACUUCCGAUCCGCGGGAAUCAACAGCGACGCCACCUUCAACUGUGGCGACCCUCCAUCCGGCCCAGUCACCGCCUCACCGACCGCCCCCGCACUAUGUGGUCGGGCUCCUCUCAACACCAAGAUCGUUGGAGGAGUGGAUGCUGCUCCGGGCAGCUGGCCCUGGCAGGCCAGUUUGCAGAGCUUUGGCCACUUCUGUGGGGGGUCCCUGAUCAACAAUCUGUGGGUGCUGACCGCUGCCCACUGCUUCACCACAACUGACACGACAGGAUUCACGGUCUUCCUGGGCCGUCAGGACCAGGCGGGCAGCAACCCCAACGAGCAGUCCCGGACCAUCUCCAGGAUUGUCUGUCACCCCGAUUACAGUGGGACCACCAACGACAACGACAUCUGCCUGCUGGAGCUCUCCUCGGCUGUCACCUUCACAGACUACAUUGCGCCCGUCUGCCUGGCCGCGGACGGAAGCACUUUCAACAGCGGCAUCAUCAACUGGGUCACUGGCUGGGGCACCACCUCGUUUGGAGGUUCAGCCGCGGACAUCCUCCAGGAAGUGGACCUGCCAAUAGUGGGCAACAGGGAGUGUGACUGCAGCUAUGGCCGAAUCACCAACAACAUGAUCUGCGCUGGAUUGUCGGCUGGAGGGAAGGACUCGUGUCAGGGUGACUCUGGUGGUCCUCUUGUAGGCAAACAGGGUGUGCAGUGGGUCCAGUCGGGAGUGGUGAGCUUUGGUCAAGGAUGUGCCUUGCCCAACUUCCCUGGAGUAUACGCCAGAGUAUCCGAAUAUCAGGCUUGGAUCAACGGUAUCAUCACCACCAACCAGCCCGGCUUCGUUGACUUCCGAUCCGCGGGAAUCAACAGCGACGCCACCUUCAACUGUGGCGACCCUCCAUCCGGCCCAGUCACCGCCUCACCGACCGCCCCCGCACUAUGUGGUUGGGCUCCUCUCAACACCAAGAUCGUUGGAGGAGUGGAUGCUGCUCCGGGCACCUGGCCCUGGCAGGCCAGUUUGCAGAGGUUUGGCCACUUCUGUGGGGGGUCUCUGAUCAACAAUCUGUGGGUGCUAACCGCUGCCCACUGCUUCACCACAACUGACACGACAGGAUUCACGGUCUUCCUGGGCCGUCAGGACCAGGCGGGCAGCAACCCCAACGAGCUGUCCCGGACCAUCUCCAGGAUUGUCUGUCACCCCGAUUACAGUGGGUCCACCAACGACAACGACAUCUGCCUGCUGGAGCUCUCCUCGGCUGUCACCUUCACAGACUACAUCGCACCCGUCUGCCUGGCCGCGGACGGAAGCAAUUUCAACAGCGGCAUCAUCAACUGGGUCACUGGCUGGGGCACCACCUCGUUUGGAGGUUCAGCCGCAAACAUCCUCCAGGAAGUGGACCUGCCAAUAGUGGGCAACAGGGAGUGUGACUGCAGCUAUGGCCGAAUCACCAACAACAUGAUCUGCGCUGGAUUGUCGGCUGGAGGGAAGGACUCGUGUCAGGGUGACUCUGGUGGUCCUCUUGUAGGCAAACAGGGUGUGCAGUGGGUCCAGUCGGGAGUGGUGAGCUUUGGUCGAGGAUGUGCCUCGCCCAACUUCCCUGGAGUAUACGCCAGAGUAUCCGAAUAUCAGGCUUGGAUCAACGGUAUCAUCACCACCAACCAGCCCGGCUUCGUUGACUUCCGAUCCGCGGGAAUCAACAGCGACGCCACCUUCAACUGUGGCGACCCUCCGUCCGGCCCAGUCACCGCCUCACCGACCGCCCCCGCACUAUGUGGUCGGGCUCCUCUCAACACCAAGAUCGUUGGAGGAGUGGAUGCUGCUCCGGGCACCUGGCCCUGGCAGGCCAGUUUGCAAAGGUUUGGCCACUUCUGUGGGGGGUCUCUGAUCAACAAUCUGUGGGUGCUGACCGCUGCCCACUGCUUCACCACAACUGACACGACAGGUUUCACGGUCUUCCUGGGCCGUCAGGACCAGGCGGGCAGCAACCCCAACGAGCUGUCCCGGACCAUCUCCAGGAUUGUCUGUCACCCCGAUUACAGUGGGACCACCAACGACAACGACAUCUGCCUGCUGGAGCUCUCCUCGGCUGUCACCUUCACAGACUACAUUGCGCCCGUCUGCCUGGCCGCGGACGGAAGCACUUUCAACAGCGGCAUCAUCAACUGGGUCACUGGCUGGGGCACCACCUCGUUUGGAGGUUCAGCCGCGGACAUCCUCCAGGAAGUGGACCUGCCAAUAGUGGGCAACAGGGAGUGUGACUGCAGCUAUGGCCGAAUCACCAACAACAUGAUCUGCGCUGGAUUGUCAGCUGGAGGGAAGGACUCGUGUCAGGGUGACUCUGGUGGUCCUCUUGUAGGCAAACAGGGUGUGCAGUGGGUCCAGUCGGGAGUGGUGAGCUUUGGUCAAGGAUGUGCCUUGCCCAACUUCCCUGGAGUAUACGCCAGAGUAUCCGAAUAUCAGGCUUGGAUCAACGGUAUCAUCACCACCAACCAGCCCGGCUUCGUUGACUUCCGAUCCGCGGGAAUCAACAGCGACGCCACCUUCAACUGUGGCAACCCUCCAUCCGGCCCAGUCACCGCCUCACCGACCGCCCCCGCACUAUGUGGUUGGGCUCCUCUCAACACCAAGAUCGUUGGAGGAGUGGAUGCUGCUCCGGGCACCUGGCCCUGGCAGGCCAGUUUGCAGAGGUUUGGCCACUUCUGUGGGGGGUCUCUGAUCAACAAUCUGUGGGUGCUGACCGCUGCCCACUGCUUCACCACAACUGACACGACAGGAUUCACGGUCUUCCUGGGCCGUCAGGACCAGGCGGGCAGCAACCCCAACGAGCUGUCCCGGACCAUCUCCAGGAUUGUCUGUCACCCCGAUUACAGUGGGUCCACCAACGACAACGACAUCUGCCUGCUGGAGCUCUCCUCGGCUGUCACCUUCACAGACUACAUCGCACCCGUCUGCCUGGCCGCGGACGGAAGCACUUUCAACAGCGGCAUCAUCAACUGGGUCACUGGCUGGGGCACCACCUCGUUUGGAGGUUCAGCCGCGGACAUCCUCCAGGAAGUGGACCUGCCAAUAGUGGGCAACAGGGAGUGUGACUGCAGCUAUGGCCGAAUCACCAACAACAUGAUCUGUGCUGGAUUGUCGGCUGGAGGGAAGGACUCGUGUCAGGGUGACUCUGGUGGUCCUCUUGUAGGCAAACAGGGUGUGCAGUGGGUCCAGUCGGGAGUGGUGAGCUUUGGUCGAGGAUGUGCCUCGCCCAACUUCCCUGGAGUAUACGCCAGAGUAUCCGAAUAUCAGGCUUGGAUCAACGGUAUCAUCACCACCAACCAGCCCGGCUUCGUUGACUUCCGAUCCGCGGGAAUCAACAGCGACGCCACCUUCAACUGUGGCGACCCUCCAUCCGGCCCAGUCACCGCCUCACCGACCGCCCCCGCACUAUGUGGUCGGGCUCCUCUCAACACCAAGAUCGUUGGAGGAGUGGAUGCUGCUCCGGGCACCUGGCCCUGGCAGGCCAGUUUGCAGAGGUUUGGCCACUUCUGUGGGGGGUCUCUGAUCAACAAUCUGUGGGUGCUGACCGCUGCCCACUGCUUCACCACAACUGACACGACAGGUUUCACGGUCUUCCUGGGCCGUCAGGACCAGGCGGGCAGCAACCCCAACGAGCUGUCCCGGACCAUCUCCAGGAUUGUCUGUCACCCCGAUUACAGUGGGACCACCAACGACAACGACAUCUGCCUGCUGGAGCUCUCCUCGGCUGUCACCUUCACAGACUACAUUGCGCCCGUCUGCCUGGCCGCGGACGGAAGCACUUUCAACAGCGGCAUCAUCAACUGGGUCACUGGCUGGGGCACCACCUCGUUUGGAGGUUCAGCCGCGGACAUCCUCCAGGAAGUGGACCUGCCAAUAGUGGGCAACAGGGAGUGUGACUGCAGCUAUGGCCGAAUCACCAACAACAUGAUCUGCGCUGGAUUGUCAGCUGGAGGGAAGGACUCGUGUCAGGGUGACUCUGGUGGUCCUCUUGUAGGCAAACAGGGUGUGCAGUGGGUCCAGUCGGGAGUGGUGAGCUUUGGUCAAGGAUGUGCCUUGCCCAACUUCCCUGGAGUAUACGCCAGAGUAUCCGAAUAUCAGGCUUGGAUCAACGGUAUCAUCACCACCAACCAGCCCGGCUUCGUUGACUUCCGAUCCGCGGGAAUCAACAGUGACGCCACCUUCAACUGUGGCGACCCUCCAUCCGGCCCAGUCACCGCCUCACCGACCGCCCCCGCACCGUUGACGUGCGGCAGCGCCCCCAUGAACACCCGUGACAGCAGGGGGCUGGUGCAGUCCGCCGGCGUGUGGCCCUGGAUCGCUAGCCUGCAGGUCAAUGGUACGCACAUGUGCGGCGGCACCCUGGUGACUGCGGAUGCCGUCCUGGGCGACGCCUCGUGCUUCACCAUGUACCCCAAUGCCUCCUAUUGGACGGUUGAGUUGGGCCGCCGGAAUCUGAAAAGCCUCAACUCCUUCAACAUGACCCUGGGGGUGAAAUCCAUCACCCUCAGCAAUCUCACCGGAGACAACAUCGCUGUGCUCAUGCUGUCCAGUCCACCGAGGCUCUCGGACUACAUCCAGCCCAUCUGUCUGGACCAGGGGAUGGGCAGCUUCCUGAACAACACUGACUGUUGGAUGGCAGGCUGGGGCAUGGGCCAGGGAGGCGCCCAAGAAACCCUGCAGGAGUUCAACACCACGGUGGUGGGUUGUAGCAACACGUCAUCCAGUGACUACAUCUGCACCGAAGCGCUGACUGUGAGACAGGGUGACGCCGGAGGCCCCCUGAUGUGCAAGAGCGGCAACUCUUGGACCCAAGUGGCCGGGCUUCCCAACGUCAUGGGCAACAGCAGCAUGGUGCGCUCAGAGAGAGCCGCCGACCAGUCCGUGUUCACCUCCACAGCGCGAUUUGCUAGCUUCCUGAAGGAAACUCUGGGGAGUCUUCCGUCCCCCACACCCACCACCAGUCACGCGUCAGACGCACGCUUCUCCAUGUCCUACCUCCUCCUCCUCUCCUCCAUCUACCUCUUCUCUGCGCUGGUCUAGAGGCAGUGUGGCCUGGAAGGGCUCGACUCCGGUUUAUAUUCACGUUGUUUGGAUCUCAUGGAGGGAAGUAUGUGAUCAUGUAAAGAAACGAUCACACAGCGUCUUGUUGCUGGAGUCGGUGGAGUCUCAUCUUACACAUGAUAUAUAUAGUUUGUGUUGAUCGUAUUACCUUUUUGCUCUGCAUGUGAAGGUGCAGAGUUAUAAAUACAUAUCUCUUUUUGA